GCAUUCAUCCUAUGUGCACUGUGUCACAUUCUCUGCAGACGGCAAGUACAUCCUCAGCGGAGAUCAAGAUAACAAGAUCUCAGAGUGGCCAGUAGCCAGCAGUCCAUAUUCAAAGAUCCUGCCUAUCACAGCAGCUCGUGACGCAUGUCUAAUCGGAGACCUGUCUACCGCUGAAGAGCUACUCACUCAAGAUAUCAACGCCGACGGCAACAACUUUACUUCAUAUGCACAUCGCUCAUUUGUUAUGGCUCGAAAACACGACUGGGACGAUGCCCUUCAGGAUGCAAUCAAGUCCAUUAGCAUCCAGCCCUCGUUGGCAGGCUAUAUCUCCAAAGCCAUCGCCCUCUGCGGAAAAGGCCACGUCCGGGGAGCAAGGACAGCAUUGGAUGUCGCAUCCAUGUUCACAAAUCAAGACUCAAUAGCCAACCUCUUUCUUCUUUUGAUAAAGGCCAUCAUACUCUUCAAUGCAGAUCAACACGAGGAAGCCAUGCUGCUCAUCAAAGAGCUGCCUGCCGCUUGUCCGGAUGCUGAUCCUCUCGCGUGUCAUGUUGUGGAAGCAUAUCUAUGCGUUCAGCUUGGAACCAAAGCCUCGGAAAAUGCGCGUUAUGAUGAAGCUGCUGAUCACUUCACCACUGCUGUCAACUCAGGCGCUUUCUUAUCGGCAUUUAUUCAUCUGACAUACCCGGAUUUGAUCGCGAUCUUUGGCUGGGAUCUCGAGUCUUUGUGUCUCACUGCACACCAGAAACGGUGCCAGGCGUUCCUUUCAGCAAGUAAACCUGAUGAAGCCCUCCAAGCACACAAGCACAUGAUGGACACCGUCGACGAAACCGCGAAGGCCUGCUGCCUCUAUUGGUCCAAUGAAUUCAAGGGACGAUGUAGUGUGCUCUGUGCUGCCAACGGAGAUGUCGCUCUCGCUGCGAGCAAUUAUGACAAGGCUAUUCACCUAUACUCAGCGGUAAUCAACUUGAAUUCUGCCUCUGGUACUGUCUUUGCAAAUCGCAGUAGGGCAAAGUUGGGCAAAAUGCUAUGGACGGAGGCACUUCUCGAUGCGCAGGAGGUCAUUGAACUCGACUCUUCGUCUUAUAUUGGAUACUAUUUGAAGCACGCAGCACUCCAUGGUGCGCGGCACUAUGAUGAAGCGAUUCAGACCUUCCAAACCAUGCUCUCGAAAUUGGACAAUGCACCCGACGUUCAGACACAAGAGCUGCGCCAGCAGUAUCUCACACCUUCUGAAGUAGAACGUAUCAUUCGACGGUUUAUUGACGCACAACUCGACAAUGCUCCACUGCGUGUACUCGACACCACCACUGGUCUUUUAUGCGUUCAAGACACGCAGAUAAGCGCCUUCAAAAUGAGCACAGAGUAUAAGGAGAUUGUGUCAUCAACAAUCACGCAUGGAGAUUUGCACAUGAAGCACAUCGAUGAAGUGGUGAAGAGGUACUUCCAAUAUGCCAUGCUAUCACACAGGUGGGAAGGGAAGGAGCCUCUGCUGCAGGAUAUCCAGGGCAUCAGCGCAUACGACUCGGAGUUGGAUCUCAUUGGCGGCAUGACGAAACUGCGGUCGUUCUGCAAAACUGCUCGCGAUGCAGGAUAUAAAGGGGCAUGGAGCGAUACAUGCUGCAUUGAUAAGAGCAACAACGUCGAACUCCAACAAUCGGUUAACUCCAUGUUCGUCUGGUAUCACCACUCUGCGCUUACCAUUGUCUACUUGUCUGAUGUUCUGCCUUCGUCAAAGUCUGAUGCACUGGCAAGGAGCGCUUGGAACACGCGCGGAUGGACGGUUCAAGAAUUCAUCGCUCCCAAAGUCAUUCUCUUUUAUCAGAACGACUGGACUCUUUAUCGUAAUGACUAUACUCCCAACCACAAGGAUUCGGUCGCAAUCAUGCAGGAGUUAAAGGAAGCGACGGGCAUAGACCGAGAAGCCGUCACAGCCUUCCGUCCCAGCAUGCAUAAUGCCCGAGAAAAACUUCAUUGGGCGUCAACCCGUAUUACCACGCGUCAGGAAGACAUCGCAUACUCGUUGUUUGGCAUCUUUGGCGUCCGCCUACCUGUAGAUUAUGGCGAGAAGCAGGACAAGGCGCUCGGGCGGCUCCUGCAGGAGAUCGUGGCUCGGUCGGGCGACAUCACUGGCCUCGAUUGGGUCGGAAAGUCAUCAGAGUUCAACAGCUGUCUACCAGCCUCCAUCACUUCAUACGAAGCUCCACCAUACAGACUAACACUCCUCCCCGAAGAUAAAAUCCAGUCAUCAGUUUCUUCUCUGCGAAAGACGGAGGCUGUGGCUUUUGCUUCGAACCUUUAUACCCUACUUCGGGACACGAGCGCCCCUCGUUUCGCAGCACAGAGACUGCAUCUGCCUUGCAUUGCAUUCAAUAUCAGGGAAAUCAGACGGGUACCCAGCCCAGCCCUAAUCACUGAUUUCAUGUAUAGAGUGAAGGCAGACGGACUUCAGGACUUGUUUAUCACCACCGCAGAGACCCUGAUUCAGUUCUGGCCGGCAAGGCCGAUUGAGCAAAAAUUUGUCCUUGUCCGUCCCUGGGAUCGGUCUCUCCUAGAGCUUCCCGACUUUGCAAAACUGCCUGAAUUCGUAGAACCGUCUGACUAUGAAAACAAUACAGAGAACGAGGAGGAUUAUUGCACGCCGCCUUCUUCUCCAUCAGACGACUCGUCUGGUGGUUCUCCCGGAAGACAGGACAUAUUUGACCUAGAAUCACGAGCAUUGCGGUUGCUCGUUCGCCUUCGGCAGCCUUUUAGUGCAUUUUUGUUAGCGCAGCAGCGCAGCGGAGAAUACAAGAGGAUCGCGACGGAUCAUGAUAUCAUUGGACAGGUCAACGACGUAGUUUCUGUCGGAGACUUGAUGGACGUCAGGACCAUAGAAAUAUUGUAGUCGUAUGUUUUUGUUUCGAUGUUUAUGGACCUUGAGCUAACUCUGAGCGGAUUGCAUUUGCAUAUGUGUUAAAGACGAUACUCAAACGGUGUAUGUUUCAUAUAUGCGUGUGUAUUGCAGUAUAGAUCGGUGCCCGCACAUGUGCGCUCGGGUUAGACUGGUAAUCAGUCUUUACUACGUCUCUGAGAUGUUAUGUAAGUGUCUGACAUAUCGCUACUCAG